UAUGCUGUCACCAGAGGGCUUCCUUUGCACAGGUCGUCGCUGAGGGGGAUAGUCCGGCGUCGCCAUUUUGUUCGCCCGCUUGUGAUACCCGCGCUGCGUGCCGUGAGCUGGGAAAGAGAGGAUGGGGGAUCAUUACCACCGAGGCGGAUACCCACCGGGGCCUCCCAGGGAUUUCCGCAGGGAUGACCGAUAUUAUGGACAUGGACCGGACAAUUAUGGCCCUCCAGGAGGAGGGUUUCCACCUCACGGCAGACCAGAUCCUAUUAAGCAGGAGCGAGACCAGUUAUAUGACAGGAGGCCUUUGGAUCCAGGACCUCCUAUGCAUAGUAUGGGUCUAAAGACAGAGUUUAAACAGGAGGAACCUGACCCUGGUUACCGGAGCCCAACUGGAUCUGGUCCUCCACCGUCCUUGCAGAACCGCAAAAGACCAUUUGAGGAAAAAGGGAAGGGAUUCUAUGAACACCGCGAUGACCGAAGCGGUAGCGGUAGCAGAGCACGGUCCCCACCAGGUCGUGGAGGGGAUGAUGAAGAUGAUCCCUUUGAUGAGAGCAUUGUUGUCUUGGAUAAUUAUAACAGUGAUCUGCACUUCAAACUCAGCAAAGACCGCACAACAGGUUUCCCACUUACCAUGCAAGGGUUUGCUUACCUGUGGUCUGGAGCUCGGGCGACACAUGGGGUCAGCAGGGGUCGGGUGUGCUUUGAGAUGAAGGUUAAGGAAGAAAUUGCAGUCGGGGACCUUCCAUCCAAUGAGCCAGAUCCCCAUGUAGUACGUGUUGGGUGGUCUCUGGAUUCCUGCAGUACUCAGUUAGGAGAAGAACCAUUUUCCUAUGGUUACGGGGGAACAGCAAAGAAAUCUUUGAACAGCAAGUUUGAAAACUAUGGGGAAACCUUUGGAGAGAAUGAUGUCAUUGGAUGUUUUAUUGAUUUUGAAGCACGUGGAGACAUAGAGAUAUCCUUCUCUAAAAAUGGACGGCACUUAGGCCCGGCUUUCCGUGUGACCAGAAAUACAAUAGGCAGCCAAGCCUUAUUCCCCCACAUACUAGUGAAGAACUGCUGUGUGGAGUUUAACUUUGGGCAGAGAGUGGAUCCUUUCUGCAGUAUUCCACCAGGCUAUACUUUCAUCCAGCAUCAGCCCCCCUUUGAACUAAUACGAGGGACACCAGCCCCCAAGAACAAAGGAGAGUGUGAGAUUGUGAUGAUGGUGGGGCUGCCUGGAGCUGGAAAAACAACAUGGGCAAUGAAGCAUGCAGCAGAACACCCCGAAAAGAAAUACAAUAUUCUCGGCACCAAUGCCAUUAUGGAAAAGAUGAGGGUAAUGGGUCUCAGAAGACAGCGUAACUAUGCCGGUCGCUGGGAUGUCCUUAUUCAGCAAGCCACAAAGUGUUUAAAUCAACUCAUCCAGAUAGCUUCCCGUAGGAAACGGAACUACAUUCUAGAUCAGACUAAUGUCUAUGGUACAGCCCAGCGCAGGAAGAUGCGACCGUUUGAAGGUUUUCAACGCAAGGCCGUCAUAAUCUGCCCCACAGAUGCUGACCUACUAGAUCGUAUUGUUAAGCGAACAGAUGAGGAAGGCAAAGAUGUGCCUGACUCAGCAGUGUUAGAAAUGAAAGCUAAUUUUAGCUUGCCAGAAGCUGGAGAUUUUCUGGAUGAGGUCACCUACAUUGAGAUGCAAAAGGAGGAGGCUGAACAAUUAGUCCGCGAGUACAACGCAGAGGGUAAGAAGGCCGGUCCACCUCCAGAAAAGAAGUUCAGGGGCCGUGGCGGAGGACCACCUGGUGGAGGAGGAGGCAGAGGAGACGGAGGCCGAGAAGAAUUUCAGCGCUUUGACAACCGCGGCCCUCCUGGAGGGACCAGGGGAGGAUUUUCUGGUAGAGGUGGAGGAAGUGGUGGAACUGGGUACAGAGGUGGUGGAGGAGAACGAGGUCGUGCCUAUGGCCGAGGGGAAAGUCGAUGGUCGGGAGGCUCUCAGGAUAAUGGUUCUGAACAUAGAGGAGGCUUUGGCCAUAACAGCCAGCAGAACUACAGUCCAGGAGGCAACCAGGGUAGCAGUUAUGGCGGUGGCGGGAACUCAUCAAGUCUGUCCCAGAAUGCACCAAGCAGCUACGGCCAACAGUCAAGCUAUGGACAAGGCGGCUAUGGCCAGAGUGGUGGAAGUGGAUACAGCCAAAGUGGCAGUUAUGGCCAGGGUGGAGGAAGCGGUGGUGGAUACAGCCAGGGUGGACCAAGCGGUGGUGGAUCUAGCAGUGGCACCGGCAGCUACAUGCAAGGAGGUGGAAGCAGUGGAGGAUAUGGUGGUGGAAGUGGUGGAAGCUAUGAUCAAAGCAGCGGAGGUGGCUAUGGCCAGGGAAGUGCAAGCAGCAGCAGCUACAAUCAAAGCAGUGGUAGCUACAACCAGGGAAGUGGAGGAAGCUACGGUCAAGGCUCUGGAAGUGGAAGUGGAGGUGGCUAUGGCCAGGGUAGCAGCGGUGGCUACAGCCAGGGUACCGGAGGUGGCUACACCCAAAGCAGCGGGAGUGGCUAUGGCAGUCAGAGUUAUAACAGCAGCAGCAGCCAAAGCUACGGUGGUUCACAAAGUUUAAACCAAGGGUACAGCCAGACUGCUCCACCAAGCUCCUCGUCCGCUCAGUCCUCCUAUAAUCAGGGAAGCUACAGUCAGCCGUAUCAACAGUCCUAUGGAGGAGGCCAGCCGUGGAACCAGUAUUCGAGCCAAGGACAGGCCCAGAAUCCUAGUCAAAGUCAAACACCAGGCCAAGGCCAGUGGAGCCAAUAUAAUUACGGAAGUGGUGGCAGCAGCAGUGGUGGUGGCGGCGGCAGCUAUGACCAGUCUGGUCGAUAUGGAGGAACCCAAUGAGAUUCUCUAGUGUCCAGUCCCCAGGAAUAUGACACUGUUUUUGUCUUGCGCCAGGACUGAAAGAUCUUAAACCAUGUUGGAUUAUAUCGCAAUCUUUGUUAUCCAAACAAAUACAGACACUUGUGCCGAGUCUGAUAUGGAAUAAUGGUUUGUUAGCACCAAGACAAAGUACUAUGUUAUUGAUUUUACUGUGUCUGAACAGAAAUGCAUACAGUGAAUAGAAUCCCUUUUAGCUAGUAACUGUCCAUUUGAAAGUUGUUUCUCUGGAAAAAAAAAAAAAAAAAUCCCUUUCUGAUGCUUGCAUUCCAUGCCAUGUUAACGAUGCAGCCAGCCACAUAACUGAUUGCACAUACUUCAGUUUUAUUUUAUUUUACUUUAUUUUACCCUUUUCAGUCUGUUCUUUGAUUUCAGUGUAUGAUCUGUUCUGGUCUGCAUGGAUCUCUAAUGCGAUAUCUGUAUCAUAGGCUACAACUUUCUUUUCUUUAAUUCCCUCCAUUGAAGACAAGUGACUUUGUUAUUUUAUUGUAGAAUAUUAAUGUUUUACUGGAUUUUCAGCUGUUAAAAAAAAAGACAUUUAAGAUUUAUUUGCGUAACCCAGAGGCUAAAUAGGCCACAAUGUUCCCUGUAUGAGUUUCAUUGCACAUUAUUGUGUUAAAGGCAUUUGUAUUUUUUUUUUUAUUAUUUGAAAAGGAGUGAAUAAUGAAGUUUAAAAAAAAAAA